AUGGAGGACGUGUAUGGGAGCAGCGACGAGGAAUACUGCGAUCAAGUUUACAACGAUGACGAUAGUGAUUACGAAGGUCUCUAUCUUGACAAGGAUUGUGAUAGCGGCAGAGCUCCGUCAUGCAAGAUAAUCACCAAAGACUCUCUGUUGGCUGCACAGAAAGAGGACUUACAGAGAUUAAUGGACUUGCUAUCAAUUAAGGAAUAUCAUGCACGAACCUUACUUAUUCAUUACCGUUGGGAUGUUGACAAGGUCUUUACGGUCUUUGUGGAGAAAGGGAAGGAAAGGUUAUAUGCUGAUGCUGGUUUAACAAUAGAACUCAAAGAUGAUUGCUCGUUAUCUGAGUCCACCGCUGACAUGACAUGUGAAAUCUGCUUUGAUGAUAUUUCUUCUGCAAAGACAACGAUAAUGGAUUGUGGCCAUUCAUUUUGCAACGAUUGCUGGACAGAGCAUUUCAUAGUGCAAAUAAAUGAGGGUCGGAGUAAACGCAUCAAGUGCAUGGCUGACAAGUGCAAUGCAAUUUGUGAUGAAGGGAAGAUUAGAGAUCUAGUUAGAGCGAGAGAUCCGAAACUGGCAGAGAAAUUUGAUCAUUUUCUUUUGGAGUCGUAUAUCGAGGAUAACAAGCAGGUCAAAUGGUGCCCGAGCACACCACAUUGUGGAAAUGCAAUCCGUCUUGAUGAGUGUGAUGAAUAUUGCGAGGUUGAAUGUGCGUGUGGUCUACAAUUUUGUUUUGGUUGCUCAUCUGAGAUGCACUCGCCUUGUUCGUGUCUGAUGUGGGAGAUGUGGAUGAAGAAAUGCGGUGAAGAAUCACGCUCAGUCGAUUGGAUUACAGCCAACACGAGGUACUGCCCAAAAUGCAGUAAGCCUGUGGAGAAAAAUGGAGGAUGCAACCUUGUCCGAUGCAUAUGUGGACAGCCAUUUUGUUGGCUUUGUGGCGGGGCUACUGGUAUGAAUCAUACGUGGGACAGUAUCGAGGGUCACACUUGUGGGCGAUUCAAAGAAGCUGAGAACAAGAAAGUUAUUGAUUCAAGAAAGCAGAUAUUCCGCUACUCUCAUUACUACAGCCGUUACAAAGCUCACACCGAUUCUCUCAAGGCUGAAGCAAGUAUGGAGCAAAAGUUGCAAGAAAAGGUUUUGAAUCUUGAACUGAAAGGUUUGGCAUCAAAAGACUUUAGCUGGGUGACAAAUGGAUUUUACAGGCUCUCCCAGUCAAGACAGCUUCUCUCGUAUUCCUAUGUAUUUGCUUAUUACAUUUUUGGUGAUGAACUGUACGAGAACGAUAUGACCCAGAGCGAAAAGGACAUGAAACAGGACCUUUUCGAGGACCAGCAACAGCAGCUCGAGACAAACAUCGAGAGGCUCUCGAUGUGUCUGGAUGAGUCGUUUGAUGAUUUCCCCGAAGAUAAGGUUGUCCAGAUGAAAAUGAAGAUUGUCACUCUCUCGGGAGUCAUUGAUAACUUCUGCAAAAAACUAUAUGAUUGCAUUGAAAGCGAUUUACUGAUUCAUCUUCAGUCCAACCAUAACGUAGCUCCAUAUAGCUCAUGCGGCGCAGUGAAAGCAUCAGAACUUGAAGACACAUUUUCAACAAGUACAGAUUAUAGCAAGGAAAAUGGUAGGCUUCACAAUAUCGAUGAAUAUCCUGAUUCCUGA